AUGAACUCUCAGUGUGGGUAUGGCUCCUCCUGUACGAUUCAAGCCAGCAACUCCUGGCUUGGUGGAGAUCCGUGUAAAGGAUGCGAUAAAACACUCUAUUGGUCGUACAGCUGCCCAGCUUCUACAGAAAUCAGUAGAAGUACGCCAAAUGACCUUAUUUAGAAAAGUCUGACGUCUAACUGUUUUGUGGCCAUGGGGAGGACAUCUUUCACCUUCAGAGCCAGAGCAAACAAUGACCUUCAGCUUGCAUUGGGUACGCACGAUUGUGAUAACUGUGGUACACAUUAUGAAUUUAUUAUUGGUGGAUGGGGAAAUACCAAGUCUGCUGUAUAUUAUGGUCUAUCUGGUACACAAUGUGCUACGUACAGUCAAACUAUUCUGGACCAAACGUUCUUCGACAGUUUCUGGAUUUCAUGGGCUGGGAAUGAUAUCCGAGUGGGAAAAGGUGAAACAGUCGACAACAACGUUAUCAUGACUUGUACACGUACCACUCAUUUCGAUGCCAAUUAUAUCUUGAUCAGAACAGGAUGGGGUUCCAGCGGGGAAUGGAGAUUUCCUAACGAUGUUGCAUGUUUACAUGAAAAAAACAGUUAUGUCGACAUUACUGCUGACAAUACCGGCUGCAAUGAAGUCAGCACGUACGCAUGUGCGUCGGGAUACAAACAAACUGCAGGGAACACGCAACGCACCUGUGGAUUUGGGAAGAUUUGGUCAGGAUAUCCUUUGGUCUGUUCAGACUCAACUUGCAAAAUUGACAUUUUAUUCAUCAUUGAAGCAUCCUCACAUACAUCUUCCAUUUACUCAGCAUUAGUUUCAACCAUUGGCGAUUUAGCAGGAGAGUUGAAAAUUUCAACCAAUGAUAUACAAGCUGGGGUUAUCACAUAUGACGACAUAGUGGACCAGAAUAUCAAGUUUAAUGCCUACUCUUCUGCAUCAUCAUUAGACAGUGCUAUUUCGUCAUUAACAAUAUCAAGUGCUUCGUCGUCUGUCGACUUGGCCGAGGCUUUGCGUGUCGGAUUUUACGAGUUCUUUACAUUGUCCAAUGGAAACAGAUAUGAGGCUUACAGACAUUUUGUUCUGAUCGCUAAAACACAUUCUCAGAACGGUUCAGUUGUGGCAAAUGCUAUUCGACAAAUCUCCAAGAAUCAAGUUUUCACAAUUGGCAUUGAUCCUUCUUCUUCUUUGAUCACUGACCUUAAGGCGAUUGCUGGUGAUGACAGCAGGUACUGGCAAGUGACCUCUCCAGCAGAUUUAUAUCCUAAAUUUAAUGAUAUUCUACAGAAAAUUGCUGUUUGUCCAACAACAGCUCUCCCUGAUCCCGUGACAGUAGACUGCAAGCUGGACAUUGCGUUUAUAGUUGAAAGCUACAAUAUGCGUUUUUCAAAAACGUUCUUGGCAGGAUUAAUGGAGGAUAUUCCAAUUUCUUCUGAUGGAGUAAGAGUGGGAUUUGUAACAUAUGAUUCCGGGGCAUCAAAAGAGUUUGGGCUUACGUCUUACACAACAUCUGAGACCGUCAGAGGAGCAAUUGAAAAUGUGCCUGACAGAACUAGAUCGGAUCACUUUGUAUACGAAGGAUUAAUAAAAGCCCGGGACAGCGUGUUCACGGCCACUGAUGAUCGCGAAGAUGCCAACAACCAUUACGUUUUUGUUGUGGGGCCAUUUUACAGCGAAACGGCUGCCGUUUCGCGCGCAAUCAGAGGCAGUGGGAACAAUUUUAUCUUCGCAGCUCAUAUCGGCUCAUCAUUUCAAUCCGAAUACCAAGAAUCUGUCGAUUCUUGCGGUGACUACACAAGAUACACCAAUACCGAUUCAUAUGAUAACCUGCUCAACAUCAGACAACAAUUUAUAGAGAAGAUCACUUCAUGUGAAGCAGUAAUUGAAAUAACCCAAGAGUGUAAAAUUGACUUAGCCUUCAUAAUUGAUGACACAGACACUAUCAGUGCAUCCAAGUUCCAGGAAAUGAAAACUUUCCUUGUAAGUCUUGUCACCAAAAUUGUUGUUGGUGACAAUGCAGUAAGAAUAGGGGUCGUAACUUACGGUGACGAUGCAACAACCGCUUUUACACUAAAUCAGUACUCUACUGCUUCUGAUGUGAAAACUGCUAUUAAUGGCAUAACUCAGGGAAAUGCAGCGUACGGUAGGGAUCGCCGCCUGGUGGAAAAAGCCCUCUUGUACACCCUCUGGAACUUCUUCACCAAGGAAAACGGAGAGCGUAAGGACGCUAAGAAUUUCUACGUUGUUCUUACAUAUGGAGGUUCCUAUGACAUGCAAGUGUCGGAUUAUGGAGCAGCAAUCCAGUACAAUUCAAUGGUCGAACUUUUCAUUCUUGGUGCUAAUGUAACAUCGAGCUUCGACUCUGAUUUUGAGGGUGCAGUGACUGAAGGAAGGUACAUGUCAGCCAGCAAUUUUAUAGAACUUCAGUGUAACAGUAAAGGUCUGGUCUCCAACAUUACUGAGUGCCCCACAGAGGACCCUGUACCUCCUGCUACGCCCAAUUGUAAGCUGGAUAUAUUAUUUAUGCUGGAGGCAUCUAGUUCUUCUGCCGGUGCUAAAUUUAUGUACCUGAAAAGUUUCUUUGCUAACAUAGCACGGCAAAUUAGCGUCUCAUCGGACACUGUCAGAAUUGGUGUCAUCACAUACGACUACAAAGGAUACAGACAAUUUGAUCUUCAAACACACACGACCAGUGACGACGUUAGUAAUGCCAUAAUGAAGAUACCAGAGGGUUCGAUCCCUAAGAACCUACUUGAUAAAGCUUUAUUGUAUGCAAGAACAACCUACUUCACAGAGGCCAACGGAGAUCGCGCGGACGCAGCCAAUUACUAUGUCUUCUCCAUGGAUGGAAUAAGGGCUGGUUCUGCUAUACAAGGAGCUGUUAUAAAUGCUAACUGGCCUGACCAGGUUUUUGCCGUUGAUAUAAACAGUACAUACGCGCAGGAAUAUAAAGAUGCCGCUGGUGACAAUAGCCGUUAUUUUUGGGCCUCUUCCUACGAGGAUCUGCCCUCUAUUGAAGCUGCCGUUUUAUCAGCAAUUACCAAUUGUCCGACUCCACAAAUUACAACCACCACUGGUGUCUCCUUAAGAAACAAAGACGUCACUGCUCCGUGUCUUAACAGUUUAAUAUAUAUGUACCCAAAGGAUUUGACAGCAAACACAGGGGGAUCAAGAGGAAUGAUGUACCUGAUGACAGAUUAUGUAUUUAUAAUAACCACCUGCUCACGUAUCACGUCCUGGGAGUUUUCCUACUCGAGAUCUGGAUGGAUAGAUUUUAUGGUGUGGAGACCUACUGGGAAUAAUUAUAAGCUGGUAGCUUACAACACAAUUUAUGUUGAAGGUGUUAAUUCGACUAUUUACACCGUUGUGGAAUACGAAAGAAUUGCUGUUCUGGAAAAUGAUGUCAUUGGAUGGCGCUCCUUGGCUGAUAAUGAUGGUGGUAAUAUAAUCACAAACGGAGACUGCUUAGAUGAGUGUGCCUUUGGAUACCAGGCAUACUCGGCCCAAACUUUACAGAGAGGAGACGAGUUCGAUUGGAAAACGUCAGGCACCAUAAUAAAUACAACAGCCUAUGCUAUCAAAGCUUGUCUUGAGGACAAUACAAUUAUAUCGUUCAACAACCCAAAUCAAUCUGCAGAGAUACCUGACCACUUACCCCCUGGUUCCUUUGUGAUGGUGUUGGAAGUGGGAGGGGCGGACUACGCUGAAAACGUGACGUACACCGUCAUGCAACAUCCCUCCUCUUCUUCCUCUGCCGCGUAUUUUGUAGUGGAUGAAAUAGCUCAAGUAACGGUCGCAAAAAAGAUGCAGAGAGCUACUGAGGUCAAGGACUAUCUGUUACUGGUAGAAGCAAAGGAUGCCUGUAAUACAAGUGCCACAGUGACGGUUUCAAUAGAAUCACAAAAUAUGCCUCCGGAGAUACUAGAUCUACCGAAUUCUAUGUUUGUUGCCGAGGAAACGGGGGGAGAAACGGUUUUAUACUCCACCAUUGUUGAAGAUCCUUCAGGUGAUGAAGUUUGUUGCUUGCUAGAGACUGUAUUACCAAGUUCAACGAAUUUCAACGUAACUGGAAACUCCACAGUUGGUUCAUCACGUGGCACCUUUUCCAUUUUGACCACUUCAAAUCCCGCCUUUUCUUACAAAGAUAUUAACUCCUACAUGGUGAAGCUCUGUUGUGACGACAGUGCAGAUAAAACAACAGGAAUAUUACUAGUCAAUGUGAAGAAACCGGCGAAAGCAGCUGGAUACGAACCACCUAAUUGGUUUAUGUUGUCUGUGGCGAUGUCCUGCAUUCCUGUCUUUGUUAUGGGAUUUUGCGCAUGUUUUGUACUCAUUCAUACGAUGUUUCUGGUAGGAUAAUUCGCAAACAUGAAAUUAAUUUUACCGACUUUAGUUUUUGCACACAAAAUUCUGCAUCGA